AUGAAGUGUCUUACCGCGAUCAAAUUAGUGGCCAUCACAUCUCUGGGAAUCUCCACUGGUGGCUUGGCAUUCUCCUCGUAUUCGCUCUUCAAGUUGUCCACUGACAUCAAGACUCAGUCUUCACAGGCGCUUUCAAAUGCGCUGAAUCUCACCAUUAAAUUGGCAGCGUUUGCCUCGAUUCCUUUGGCCUGGUUUGCUGCCACAGCGUUUUCUGUCGCGUUCACAUAUGCUCCAUUGCGUGCGAGACAUCCGUAUCUCGUAUACGCCGCGGUGGGCUCUCUCCUCUCAACUGGAGCCCUUGCUCACCUUGUUCGUCCAGCCUUGAACGCGAUCUCGAAGGACCCACCUCGUUUGAAGCGCUCCAAAAAGCUAGCAAGUCCAAAAAGGAAGGAAGAAGUCUCAUCUCUGGACGAUUCCAUCUAUGUCGAUCUCAAGGAGUCAGUCUCCCCCGAGGCAACGACUGGCGUUGAAGCUGACAGUGAUGAUGAUGACGCCUCCCUCGAAUUCAAGAUUAAAGACUCAAUUUAUAAAGAUGAUACCAUCAAGACUGUUAAGGUUCUGAAGAGAGGUUUCGCCUAUUCGUCCUCCGUGGGACUCGUGACGAUUCUUCUGGCCACAAUUGGCCUUGCAGGCGAUAGAAGCUGA